UCCAACGGAAGGAAUAGUAGAUCGAAAAGCCUACUUAGCAAAAAACGUGACUUGGAUCUAAUUUAUUCAGUCAAUGUCCGAAGAAGACAAAACUUCUUUUCUUGAUGAUAUAUCAGACUUUGAAAAGGAUUCUUUUCCGAUAAAUAUCAUGAAAAGCACUCUCAUAGGAAUCUUCUGCGGGUUGGUCACUUUUCUUUAUUAUUCAAUUCUACAGCUGCUCCUUGAAAGCCUCUGGAAGAAGAUUCCGACGGUUAUAUUUUCUAAAAUAACCAACAGAAUGUAUAUCAAUGAGAAUAUGUUCCGAGCAGUAUGGAGCUUGCUGGUUUCACUCUCUUGUGGACUUGUAUGUGGAAGUGCCCAAGUAUAUCUUGGUAACCCAGGAGACUUGAACGCAACCAUCCAAUGUGUCCAUGAAAAGGCAUACAUACCUACAGAGCCUUUGAAGAGCUUGGUAAUUUGCUCCUUAGCUACAGUUGUGGGAGCAAUGAGCCUUGGACCUGAAGCACCAAUAGUGACGAUGUGUGGAAUGUUCUCCGGAGUUCUGUCACGUCGAUGGUUCCAAGUUCGCGAUACAGACAGUUGCCGUAGAUAUGUUUUGAGUGGGAUGGCUUCAGGUUUUUCGGUUUUCUUUGGGGCACCUCUGGGUGGUUCCUUGUUUGCACUGGAGGUGCUUCAUCGAGAUGGUUACGAAUAUUUUGAACACAUGAUUUAUGCAGCUUGGUCAGGAUCUAUCAGUGCUCUCAUAUCGCUUAGUCUUAGUGGGAGAAGCUUUAACGGUGUUUGGCAAUUUCCUCCCUUCGGAACCUGUUCUGUUUCCUCCGUGGCUUAUGGAGCUCUGCUUGGUCUUCUCGGCAGUCUUGUUGCAGUUCUGUUGGGUAAAAUGGUAAAGUUACUAAGAAAAAGCAUCCAGGAAACUCGCCUUACAUACAACCCUGUUCUUUUGGCUCUACUUGGAGCGCUAAGUAACACCUUGAUUGGAGUGUUGUUUCCACAAACUAGCUUUUGGGGAGAAAUGGAAAUUGGGCGACUUAUUCAACUACAAAAUCAGCAAUGGAAUUAUUAUUUCCCUUCACAGCAUUCUAUCACUUUGGAUAAUUCAAAUCCUACAUUUGCUUAUUAUGUUUCAUUAGGCUUUGCAAAGUUUCUUUGUAUCGCUAUAGCAAUAACUUCCAGUUAUCGGGGUGGUUUUAUAUUUCCGGUGAUGUUCGUUGGAGUCUGCUUUGGAAGAGCAUUUUCUAUAGCCAUUCCACAGUUAUCGGUGGAGACGGCUUGUCUAUGUUGCGCAGCGGGGAUCAAUGUAACACUGACUAGAACUGUAUUUGCCACUCCAUUAGUGCUUGCCCAACUUUCAAACUCUAUGGAAGCCUUUCCAGCGGUGCUUUUAGCAAGCUUGGUUGCGACCUGCGCCUCUCAUUAUUACCAUUUCCUGCCUUCUCAAACGAGUCGUUCAGAUAUAUUGAAAAAAAAUGUUUUAUUUUAUUAGUCAAACAUAUGCCAGUCCGAUCAUUCAUCAAU